AGAAAUCCCCGUGGGCAUUCGGGGUUUUCAAAUUAACUCGACUUCACACCGGACAGUGCGUCUCCCGUGCAAGUAUAACUACAAAUUCCGAUACAUCUGUUCGCUUGGGGGUGUGACAUUCACAAAGCUCCAUGUUGAGGCAUACUCGGGCUUUGUUGUGUAUCCUUCAUCUGGUAACGGGGUCUCCCGUCCUCCCAUUCCCCCAGAUUGCGCUGGCGGGGAUCCCUACUCUUCGGCCGUUCUCCGCUGCGUCGGCUCUGAGACCCGAACUCGAGCCGUCCUAUCGCGGCCAUCGCCAAGGCGCCGCGAGGAAUUCCCAAGACUUGCCCAGACACGACAGAAUAUGUUGCAAUAUCAGCAAGUCUGCGCCGGCUGUUGGUCUUCCUCUGUUGAUCGCAGCAUCUCAUUCCGUAUCUAUGGUCACGUACGUAUUCAGCAUGUACUGUAGCACAAGAUGUGAGAUGGCGGCCGAUCACCUUUCUUGGCAGGGUGACCGAUCGCUUUUCGCUUGUGGCCUCUUGGCAAGACGGGAGGCGCUAAAGAACUCGAUGGUCAGGCCGCUCGCGCCCACUCGCGCCCAGAGCGAUUUGCCGACCUCCGGGGGUCAAGGACGGUGGAGGAGGCCGGCAAAAAAAACUAGCGGCGGCCCAGACAGUCGCCGAACACCGUUCUGACUUUUCGAAACACACCGCAAGUCAUUCAACGGCUGCACAGCAGCACAGAACAGCGUCUCGUUGAGAACUCAAUUCGCAAAGAGAGACGUUGC